ACUCCCUCCCUGCGGUUUCAAGGACAAACAGCACUCAACAUAACAGCCUUCAUAUACCUUUAUAACUCCAAAAACUUAAAGUAGAAAUAGUUUUGAGUUUGUCCCCGAGCACACGCCGCACGCCUCUUUUUUGUGUCUCAACUAGAGGUAGCUUACGCCUCGCCACACUCACAAAGAAGGUUCCAUAUUGCAUAUUGAGUCUGUGAAAUAAACUUACACAACAGACAAAUAAGCAAUAUUUUAUUAUUAUUAUUAUUAGACAGGGACUCGCUGACACUCUGCCCACCGACGUACUUCAAAGCAAGUCAAUGUCACCGCGUCAAGGGUGUUAAAAUAUUAAGUGGGUUAAUUUGGAUGUUUGGUCUCAUGACAGCAGGGUGAUGAUGGGACUGGUUUCAACCUGAGAAGUCAGUAAGCGGUUUAGCAGGGAGGACUUGAAGGCGCACAGACGGUUCAAUUUUCACGACAGCACCGUUUUGGUCAGGCGUUUCUCCUGCUUUGAAGGGAAGCCACUCCAUUUCCACCAACUCAAUGGCUGACAACAUCAUUCCAAGCUUUAAGGCAGCUGAUCUGGUUAUCCAGCUGUCCUCCACUCCAAAGACCAAACCGGACACGUUUGCCUUUGGGACUGUCUUCACAGACCACAUGCUAACCAUAGAGUGGAGUGCAACUGAGGGCUGGCAGGUUCCGCUCAUCAAGGCCUUUGGGAACCUGUCACUUCACCCGGCCUGUUCGUCACUGCACUAUGGCAUACAGCUGUUUGAAGGCUUGAAGGUGUACCGUGGGGAUGAUGAUCGACUGCGUCUCUUCAGACCGACGCUCAAUAUGAACCGCAUGUCCAACUCUGCUAGGAGAGCUUGUCUACCUCCCUUUGAUCAGUCAGAGUUGCUGGAGUGUAUCAAGCGACUGGUAGAGAUUGACCAGGACUGGGUUCCUCACUCAGGCUCAGCCAGUCUGUACAUCAGACCGACGUUUAUUAGCACCGAGCCCUCUCUGGGUGUAAAGAAGCCUGCCCGUGCCUUGCUGUAUGUGAUCUUGUGUCAAGCUGGGCCUUACUUCAACAAUGAGGCUGAAACCCUGUCUUUGUGGGCUGACACAAAGUACACACGGGCCUGGAAAGGAGGAACCGGAGACUGCAAGAUGGGAGGGAACUACGGAUGUUCUUUGUCCGCUCAGUACGAAGCAGCGGAUUAUGGGUGCCAGCAGGUGCUGUGGCUGUAUGGAGAAGACCACCAGAUCACUGAGGCAGGAACCAUGAACAUCUUCCUGCACUGGAUAAAUGAGGAUGGAGAGGAGGAACUUGCAACUCCACCACUGGAUGGUAUCAUACUCCCAGGAGUAACGCGACAGAGUGUCCUGGAACUCACCAAGAAAUGGGGUGAGUUUAAGGUGACAGAGCGCUACCUGACAAUGAGCCAGCUUUGCUCUGCUCUGAAGCAGCAGCGGGUCAAAGAGAUGUUUGGCUCCGGUACUGCCUGCAUGAUCUGCCCCAUAGGUCACAUUGUUUACCAGGAAGAGAAAUUGCAUAUCCCCUGUCAGGAUAAAAACUCACGGUUGACUUCACGGAUAGCAAAGGAACUCAUAGAUAUACAGUGUGGACGUACACCCAGCGACUGGACCUACCUGGUAUAACAGUGAUGAAGAAACCUGGAACUAACACACAUGCACAAUGACCACUGUUUGUACAAGCUGGGCAUAAUAUUAUGCAACAACUGAAGACACACUGUAAAUGUGCAUUAAUAAGAAAACAACAUAUGUGCAAUGUUUGUAGUUUAACUGCAAUGUGUUAGCGACCGGCUCUGCGGCGAGUGUCACACCAUUUUAUCUCCUUUUAAACUUAAAUUAAUGACAAACACACAACUGUCCAAAAUAAUUAACAAAAGUAGGCCAAUGUCUCAUGCAAUACUGCACAAUAACUUACAGUAAUCCAGCCACCAUGGCAUGUUGCUUCUCAUCUCAGCAGCAACAUCCAGGAUACUACAGCUGUGGCUUUGAUAAAACAUUUAAAAAAAGAAAACACAUGUGAGAUGUUACAAACAUAUGUAUAAGUUACAGAGAAUUUCAGAUCACUUGUGUAAGAGUUUAAAUCGGCUACAUAAUGAAAAAUUAAUUUAAAAGUUUCGCUAUCUCAAAGUUUACAGUGAACUACAGUUUAGAAAGGUGGUACAAAGACAGUUCAUACUAUUAUAGUAUAGUCUAGUUUCACUAAACCUGUGUUUCAGAGA